AUGCGCUCCUUAGGCUUCCUGCCCACCCAUCUAAGUGCACUCAACUCAAUCAACGACAAGCCUUUUUCUCUUUUGCUUUUAAAAUCAAUAACUGCAAUUAUUUGUGUUGAAUUUCGUGGUUUUCCCUUUGUUACCUAUUUCUUUCUUUUUCUUUUGUUUGCUUAUUUGAUUGUUUCUUUCUUUCUUUCUUUCUUUCUUUCUUUCUUUCUUUCUCGCUUUUGCAAUUCUUUCUUUAUUUCUAUUUCGUUUUUUCUUUCUUUCUUUCUUUCUAGUUUGUUCAUUUCUUUCUCGUUUUACAUUUCUUUCUUUCUCGUUUGUUCAUUUCAUUCUCACUUUCUUUGUUUAUUUCGCGUUUGUGCAUUUCAUUCUAUCUCUUUCUCUUUCUUUCUCGUUUGUGCAUUUCAUUCUCUCUCUCUUUCUUUCUUUCUUGUUUGUUAUUUUUCACUUUCUUUUUUUCUCGUUUGUGCAUUUCAUUCUCUCUCUCUUUCUUUCUCGUUUGUGCAUUUCAUUCUCUUUCUUGCCUGUUCAUUUCUUUCUUUCUUUCGUUCUUUCUUUCUUUCUUUCUUUCUUUCUCAUUUUUGCAUUUCAUUCUCUCUCUCUCUUUUUCUUUCUCGUUUGUUCAUUUCUUUCUUUCUUCUUUCUUUCUUUCUUUCUUUCUUUCUUUCUUUCUUUCUUUCGUUAUGUUCUUUUGAUUUCAUUAUUUAUCUUUAA